AUGAAUUCUGACUUGUGCACUUCACCACUAAGCACAAGGCCGGAAAAGACACUUGGGACUCCAGCUAAGGAGAUGGAUAGCAUAUCUUUUGAUCUGUCUAAAUCUCCGAACCCUCAAUGUGCUGCACGACGGCAGUUCAUGCACAACAGAAUGAUGAGGAAGCAGCGUCCAUAUCCCGUAUAUCCAGCUCCAAUAGAGGGACUGAUUUUUAUAUUGAAAAAGCAUAUCGGAUACUUGGAAAAUGGCCUUGCGCAACUGCAUUCUUCAACCCUGUACAAAGGCUAUAAAGCCAAGCUUGCUGCCUGCAAGACUGCAUGCCAAUGCCUUGUGUGCUUCACUGCAUUCCUUGAUGCCCUGCAUACCAAGAAUGAAGAACGACUUGGAUUUGCAGACAAGGAGUUGCAGAGCUUUAGGAAGAUUUUUUCUGAGCGUGACUGCACGGAAGUUGACGAUGAUAGAGAUUACCUUCAAGCCAUCUAUGAAGAUGAAUGCAAAAUCCUUCGUGUUACCUCAGCCCAAGCUGAACAGAUCUCAAAGAUCUUAGACUCUUCUUCGGACCUGGAUUCCGAAGAAGAGUGUCUCGGGGCACCGGUGGGGGCUGGUGAAGCGCCUGAUGAUGUGACUACUAGUACCACCAUCUGCAUGCCCUUCCAAUCGCGUAGAAUGCUAUGUGGAUAUUUAUCUGUACCCUGCGCCCUUAUUGUGCCCUUACUACUCGAGUCCUCCCUGCAUAUGCCUGUAAAACGUGCUAAAGGUAAAACAAUGAUACUAAAACCCACUCGCGGGUCUGGUCUGAAUCCCUCACACGUCCCAGCGGACACUCAGAUGCAUCUCAGCGACGAACAACCCCAUGAACCAAUGGCAAACACUUUCAAUCCACAUGAGGGGUUCAGCUCAAGCACUCAUUACGACAACUACAAUUCCUUCAGUGCACAUGCUGCCAGUGGUUAUGCACCGUCGUUCCACCCUGCUCACACGUUCGACACUCACGUGGUUCCUAGUACCGACCCUGCCUAUCAAUCCCUACCAAACCCCAACCACGACAUUCCUGCCAGUGGUUAUGUGUCGUCGUUCCACCCUGCUCACACGUUCGACACUCACGCGGGUCUGUCAAGCGCUCACGUUGCAUCAUCAAGUACUCGCCCUCAGGCUGAUGCAUCUUCAAGCGCUCCUGCUGAGUCAUCGAGCGCUGAUAUGGAUUACACAUUCCCCAACCCUGAUUAUAACAUUUACAACAAUACAGUGCCUAGUACCGACCCUGCCUAUCAAUCCCUACCAAACCCCAACCACGACAUUCCACCGUAUGGACCGUUGGCGUUCAAUUAUGAGAGUUAUGGAUCAUUUGAGGUAAGCUCAUACAGUCCCAGGCAUCUCGAGCAUCUUUCCAAUUUCGACAACAUGCAAGGACCUAACCCGCUGAAGACGGGUGGUAACAGGCGCGCGAAGGCGCGAGAAGAUAACGCGCGCGUAGGCGCGAUAUACUCAGAUGAGGGAGAAGGGAAGAAAACUUUCUAUAUGUAA